UAUGAUUCCUAUGAAAAGCAGUAUUCAACUACUUUUUGGGUAAUUUGUUCAUUAUUUAAGUGACUUUGAGCGACAUUUUGCCAUUAGUGAAGUCUGAAGUAGUAACAGACGUAUUGGCAACUCUAUCAAACCAAAACAUUGCGGCUUGACGGGAUUGUUACCUGGACCGGUGGACGGCUGUUGACUGGUGUUGUGUGCCACAGUGACACUUGGAGACAUCACCACUUGGGUACAGGGCGUGACAGCAACUGGCCAAUAAAACCAGCAGGUACCACAGAUGCACUUGUAAUGUAAGCCAAGCAGACGAGAGGCGCUGUUACCACCGUGGCUCACAAUACAGCCCGAUGCUGGCCCACACUGUGCCAUCACGAUCACGCUGCCUGCUGAGACCGUGACCAUUUCCUAUAAUGUUGCCAAGGCUGCUGUCCAUCCAUGCCUCCAGACAAAUAUUCCUGGGAGGGAAGGGUGUCGGGCAGCCUAGCACGAGGAAAUGUUGCCACCUUCUGCCUAGUCCUUAUGGUGUGACAUUGCACAGGUUCAGCAGCACCGGCAUUAAAGACCCCAGCCUAAGAAGGUUACAUCUGUACAAGCGAGUGUUUGCAAUUUCUCUCUUUGGGGGAACACUUUUUGCUGCCUGGUAUCUUAAGAAGCAGAAAGGAGUGAAGCUCAAGACACUACUGGAGGACUUCACAAGGCUUCCAGUUGAUGAUUCACUCUUUGGCUCUCCAGUUUCAUUAUACAGGCACAAAGGAUACAUUUUUCCUGGUCAGCUGGUGAUGUCAGGCGUGUUCAAAGAAUUACCUGAUUUCCAGUUCAAGCAAGAGGACGUUCUGGUCGCCAGUUAUCCCAAAGCAGGCACAACAUGGGUACAGGAAAUUGUGUACAUGCUAACACACGGCUGCCAGAAGACUAAUGAAAGUUCAGAAAUUUUGGAGACAAGAUUUCCCUACCUUGAAUAUCCUUAUCCAGGAAUUAAAUCUCUUGUUCUGAAAAAGGAAAAGAGAUUUAUCAAAACUCACUUGCCAAUCAGUCUCUUACCCACCUCUUUUGAAAACAGCGGUGCCAAGUUAAUUUACAUUGCCAGGAAUCCUCGAGACACAGCGAUAUCAUACUUUUACUUCAUGCAGCUUCUGACUCAGUGUGACUACCAGGGAACACUCUCCAGCUUCAUUGACAUGUUCCUUUCAGAUAGAGCAAUGUACAGUCCAUAUUUUGGUCAUAUCCUGGGAUAUUGGGAAGCUCGACACAAUCCCAACAUUCUCUUUGUCACCUAUGAGGAGCUUCAUCAGAACCCACACAAGAUUAUUAGAAAAAUAGCAGAGUUCCUCAGUAUUGAUGUGAGUGAUGCCGAAGUGAACCAUGUGGCAAAAAGCACAUCCUUCAUACACAUGGCAGCAAAUCCUAGUGUUAACUACGAGCACUGGAAAGAUUUUGGAUUUGCUUUCAAAGACAAGGGUACAUUUCUUCGUAAAGGUAAGAUUGGAGAUUGGCAGAGGCACCUGAGCAGCAGUCAAGUGGCAGCCUUUGAAGAGUGGGAAAACAAGCAUUUGAAGGAUUCAGACUUAAAAUUUACAUAUGCAAUUCCUGCUCAAAGUGAUGCACAAUGACUGCAGGUCCUGCAGGUCAUGCGGUGAACUGACGUCAAAAUUAUACUUAUGUAAAUAGCUGUUCAGUGAAGACAAUGUAUAUUUACAAUAAAAAUAUAAAACUUCUCAUCUUUCAAAUUUCAAGCUGUGGAAUUAAGCAACAUGCUGUAUAAAUUAAUCAAAAUCCCAUCCCAAGGUAAUAUUACAUUCAAAUUAUCCUUAUAGUUAGCAUAUUAUCACCAGAAUUAUUGUGCAUUAUUGUGGCAGGAUAUCUAGCAAGCCUCCAUUCAAAACCUGAGUUAAAGAGAAUCAUAGCACACCAUUUGCUGCCACCAAGAGGCAGUGAGAGCACCAUCAUACAAAAUCUUAACCCUCUCACACAUCAGUACGAAUGCCCCAUCUUCACUGCCACAAAAGAGUAUCUCCCUUAUGAUACCAGCUAAGAAGCAUCCAUUCAAACAGGCCGUUUCCAAAAUGAAAAUGGCUACCUAAUAUUGAAAGUGACACAUCUGCUACAUAAAAAUUCUAGCUUUCCUUAGUUUAAACAUCAGUCAAAAGUGACAGAUAGGAUUCAAAGAAACAUCCAUCUCACAAGAUGACAGCUGAUGAUGUGACAGCUGUGACUCAAGCAAGUCCUGAUUAAAGGUCUUAUGAUGUGGCUAUAUAGGCAACAGCAGGUAUUGAGUGACUGAUUGAGUUGAGACACUCAAUAUCCACACCAUCUCAAAAGCAAAGCCAUAGCCACCCACCCACAACAAAGUCCGUUUUCAGUAAGAUGGUGAGAUUUCUCCACUGCCAUUCCUCUGAGGUUCCAUAAGAACCAUGGACUUACAUCACGUGGAAAUAUUCUGCAGACACACAUCUGUGAGCUCCCACACAUGAUGCACAUGAACACUGCAACUCAAUGCCACCAGCGAUGAUGUAUGAAUUUUGACUUUCUCCAAAUUUAACCAACAAAACAGGUUUGUUACAGAAAGCUUUAAAAAUGCAUAUUAUGAACAAUGGGAAUAAAAAGAACUUAAAACUCAAUAGUUUUCCAUAAAUACAGUCAGAUUAUUAUUUUGUGUAUUACUUCAAUAUAUAUACACACUGUGGUGCAUGAGAGGGCUAAUACAUAAUUAGAAUUUUUUUUUUCUUUUUUUUUUUUUUCAAGUAUGAAUCUAUCACAUUUAUUCACACACACACACACA